AUGAGAACAGAAAAAACUAAAAGCGACGUCUGGCACGUUGUAUCAGACGAAGGUUCUAAUGUAGAUGCAGAAGACAAUAUUAUUACAUCAAUAAUGUCACCGCAAACUGGGAAGUUGGUUAAUAUUACAACGGAUGGAGAUGUAGCUAUGGACUAUACUACGGGCGAAAAAGAAGUUGAGAUAGAUGAAGCGACUAAUAAAAAAAUUCUUCGUAAAAUAGAUUUAUGCUUGAUGCCAAUUAUGUGCUUAUUAUAUUGCUUUCAAUUCAUUGACAAGAUGACAAACUCUUUCGCCUCUGUUAUGGGAAUGAGAGAGAAUUUGAAGAUGGUUGGUGAUCAAUAUUCGUGGAGUGGAACGUCAUUCUAUCUCGGGUAUUUAGCAUUCGAAUUUCCAGUAUCUCUUUUGUUACAGAGGUUUCCUGUUUCGAAGACUGUAUCCAUUUUCAUUAUUUUGUGGGGUUUCAUCAUGUGUAUGCAUUCAGUACCUGGAUACCCUGGGUUUAUUGCAUUACGUACGAUAUUGGGCAUGUUAGAAAGUUCAAUCACACCAGCCUUCGUCAUUUUGACUAGUCAGUGGUAUAAGAGAGAAGAACAAUUUAUUAGAACUGCUUUGUGGUUCAGUUGUAACGGCCUUGGUGUGGUAAUUGGGGCCGGUGCUAUUGCUUAUAAUCUCUACAUCAACGCAGAUUCUUAUCCUAUGGAAGCGUGGAAAUUGGUAUUCAUAAUAACAGGAGUCUUAACAAUCGUUCUUGGGUUUGCGAUCAUGGCACAUAUUCCAGAUACACCCACAAAGGCGUGGUUUUUGACAGAAGAAGAAAAACAUCUUGUUGUGGAAAGAAUAAGAUCAAAUCAACAAGGUUUUGGUAACAAACAUUUCAAGAAAGAUCAAUUCAUUGAGGCAAUAACUGACAUUCAAACAUGGCUCUUUGCUUUAUUUGCUGUAGCUAAUAAUAUUCCAAAUGGUGGAGUAACUAAUUUUGGUAGUAUUUUGUUAACAGGUAUGGGUUAUUCAGAAUCAGAAUCCUUGUUAAUGCAAAUGCCCCAAGGUGCAGUAAUGUGGACUGGGAGUAUCUUGUUAGCUAGUGGUACGAUGUUCUUUCCAUAUCGUCUCUUCUGGGCCGCAAUCGGUAUCUCAAUCAGUUUAACCGGUUCAUGUAUGCUUUCUUUCGCCGAUUCAUACAAAGUACAAUAUGCUGGCAUUUGUCUUUAUUUUAUUGGCCCAAUUGGUUUUGUUUGCACCUUAUCUAUUAUUGCCUCUAAUACUGCUGGCCACACUAAAAAGGUCACUGUGAAUGCUAUCAACUUAAUCGCAUAUUGUGUCGGUAAUUUGAUAGGUCCACAGACUUUUAUAGAUGCCCAGGCACCGGAGUAUGCGGGUGCUAAAAUCGGUAUAGUCAUCUGUAUUUCUGUUUCGUUGGCAACGCUUUUUUGUAUUUGGUUUGUAUUUUGGACCCGUAAUAAAAAGUUGGAUGCAAAUUUGAACACCAAAGUCGAGAAUCUUGAAUUUGCUGAUUUAACCGAUAAGCAAAAUCCUAACUUCAGAUAUGCAUUAUGA